CAUACAUAUAAGUUUUGAACAGAUAAAAUACGUAAUAUUCAUAUCAGAAAUUUAGUAUCUAACUAAACAUUCAAAGUACAACGUCGCGAAACAUGUAGGUAAAUAUUUUCUCGAACAGUUCGUAUAUAGUAGAAAGAUAUAGUCUUUUUGACGUACAAUUUGAAAGACACUUUUGUAUACAUUCAAACUGAAUAAAAAAUGAGUCGGAAUGCCUGGGUUAUGCCGAUACAGGGAACAUGUAAUGCUUAUUGGCAUCAGUUCGGUUAUUACUUCAAUUCGAUGGCAGGUGAACGAUGGAAGAGCGAUAUCACAUACGCGAUGACUCCCUUUAAAUUCUUGACAUGGCCUAUCGGCAUUUGGCUACUACAAGUUUAUAACGUGUAUUCGCUGAUACGAUGGAUCUACGGCACUUGUUCCGCGAUCAAGCGACGCGGUAGCGUCGCGACGCCAAGUACUAAAAAAAUAAAUAGCCGCAUGAGAAAUUGCCGCUUGACACGGCACUGGCGCGGCAUCGUCGAGGCGCUACCAAGUAGCCUUAUCUCGAGUUUCGCCUUGUCAGAUUUUCCGAUGAAAUAUUCUCGGAAACAAAGAUCUACUUUCUCUUGUGGAUAAUGGCGAAAAUAAACAGAUUAAUGCAACGAACGAGAAUUUGCGAGAAUAUCUAAUACCAUCAAGAUGCGCCAUAGAAUACCUUGAGCCUCC